CCGAAGGUUGUUUAGGAAACGUGGGUAGAUCGAACCACGACACAGGAAGAGAUACCAAUGAUUGAAGAAUGCAGAGGCUUGAAAAAAAUUGGCGAUACUCAAAACAAGAGGGCAGAGGACUCAGACACAAGCUAUGAGUUUGCCCCAGCGUUUAAGUGUGUAGAGCCGGAUAUCAGCUAUGAUCUGGCUCAACUUUCUGAGACCAUCAAGCCAGAUCUUAGCUAUGAGUUGGUUCAACUGUUUGAGACCCCCGAUUUGGACAUGGUUUGUGAGCUUGCCCAACCAUUUGAGUCUGUUGGCCCAGAUGUCGGCUACAAGCUGGCUCAUCCUUUUGAGACCGUCGAGUCGGACGUCAGCUAUGAGCUGGUGCAACUAUUUGGGACCAUCGAACAUGUUGACGAUUAUGACUUAGCUCAACUCUUUGAGGCCUCCGAACCGGGUAUCGACUAURGRCUUACCCRACUGUUGGAGACUGUCGAGCCGGACGACGGCUAUGAGCUUGCACAACUGUUUGAGACCCUCGACUCCGAUGUCGACUAUGAUCUUGCCCAACURUUGGAGACCAUCGAUACGUCCGAAAACGAUGUCGGGUAUAGUUUUAAGAGCCAAAAGCUGGUAACUAUGAAAAAUAUUGAAGAUUUCAUAAUGAAUCAAUGCACGACGRUGAGUGUUGAAGGARAAUUAGACGGGAACCUCUUGGAAGGACAAGACAAUGAGAUUCGACUUUCAUCUGACCAAGAAGGCGGAGGAAAGACCAUUGUGGAAGUUAAGUUUAUUGAGGAUGCAGACCAUCUUAAAAGCACGUCGAGAGAAUUUAAGGAACUGUCAGAACUCARGGAAGGGUUUCAAGUGAAGAAAUCCGUUAUUGACGAUAAUGAUUCGAUUAAGACUGGAAAUYGGGUCGCAAAAUUUCAGCUUGGGAUAAGAGUGCGAGGCUGGAAUGAAGACUUGCGCCUCCUUUUUCUCUUACUGAUCAUCCUWACGUCAACUUAUGCUCGUACUUUCCGUUGUYGGUGCUACGACUGCAGCUUUAAUGUCGGCAUCUUACUWAGCAUGGCUGAUCGUCUCAUUACGUUUGAUCUUUAUGGUGGCGCGAGCUCCUUGUGGGUCCGUACAAGCCUGUCCUGCGAUCUGUCAUGCGAUGUCUUUCCUAUACUCUUUCAAGCCUUACUGGUUGGGUGGAGAAUGGGUGCAAGGAGGAGAAGGAUGUUCGUAAACGGGGGAGGUAAAACUCGGAAGUUCGGAGGUCCGAUGUUCGAAGAAGGAGGUACUUUAACAUUUAUCAAACUGAUCCUGCCGACUUAGCGUAUGAGCAAAAGAAAAUUUUACUUCCACAAGUGGCGAGACAAAACCAAAGUUCGCUCGAAUCUGGCAACGUGGGAGUGGUUGAAAGGACGAGCUAGGGAUAAAAAGCGGAAAGCUAA